UUUAAAUAAAGGAGAUUUAAUUGUGUGUUGCCGUCCAAUGAAAAAGCUGAAAAAACAGGCAAUCAAUUUCAUUCCUUGUGCAAAAUGCAGAGGCCAUUUUUUUAAGAAUAAUAUUCGGCAUCAUUUUAAGUCAUGUGCACAAAAUAGAGAGAAUCAUCAAAGAAAUAUAAAAGUACUAGGGCGUACUGUGGCUUGUCGUAUACAUUACACUGCAAGUACGUCAUUACGAAGAUUGGUAUUUCCGGUGAUGAGAGAAGACAGCAUAACUCAGCUUAUCAGAUAUGAUGAAUUACUUAUUGCUUAUGGAAAUAAAAUGUGUUUGAAGUAUCGUCUUCAACAUCAGCAUGAUAUGAUAAGAUCACGAUUAAGAUUACUUAGACGAUUUCUUGCCGCUAUGAAAGAAACUGAUAAUACUAUAAUAGAUUUUAAAUCAAUAUAUGAUCCAAGAAGAUAUGAUCUUUGCGUUAAAGCUGUAAAUAAUCUUGCACAAUUUGACGAAACAAUUGGGACAUAUAAAGUACCUUCUAUCGCAUCAUCCUUGGGAACACUCAUAAAACAAGUUGGACAAAUUUUAAGGAGUAUGUAUAUUAAGAGACAAGAAUCUGAUAACCAAGUUGUAGUAGAAAAUUUUUUAAAGUUAUUUGAAGAAGAUUAUCCAAUCAGCGUAAACAAAGUUGUGCACGAAACUCAAGGACGUCGAAUGAGACAGAAAAAGGUAGUUUUACCGUCUAUGAAUGAUAUUAAAAUAUUAAAUACUUACGUGAAUGAUGAACGCACGAAGGCUUUAAAAGCGUUAGAAAAAGAUGGAUUCUCUAUACAAGCAUGGCGUGUAUUAUCCGAAGCAACAUUAGUUUCUACUAUGAUGUUCAACAGAAGACGUGCUGGUGAAUUAGAACGUAUCUUAAUCGAAAAUUUAAAAACUUCUACUACAAUUUCAAAAGAAGAAGAACCAGAAUUAUACGAAUCUUUAUCCAAAUAUGUUCGAAUAACAAUACGUGGAAAAUUAGCAAGAACAGUUCCUGUUUUACUCCAUGAAGAAACAGUAAAAUGCAUGAAAAUGAUAGUUAAUUAUCGUAAACAGGCUGGUGUUCCUGAAGAAAAUCCUUAUAUAUUUGGCAUAAAUACCGUGGACAAAAGAAGACAUGCAUAUUUGAGAGCAUGUGUAUUAAUGAGAAAAUAUUCUGCAACUUCUGGAGCGAAAAUGCCAAAUUCAUUACGUGGUACAAUAUUAAGAAAACAUAUUGCUACAAUGUGCAUUAAAUUAGAUGUAUCUGACAACCAAGUUAAUGAUCUAGCAAAUUUCAUGGGCCAUCAUGAAAGGAUUCAUAAAAUGCAUUAUAGGCAAUCUGACAUAACACGAGAUUUAGCUAUAACGCGACUACUGAAAUAUGCUCAAGGAGAAAAUGCAACUGAUGAAAGUGACGAUGAAGAUGAACAGGAUAACGGAAAUAUAAUUGAUUCUGACGAUAAAAAUGAUACAAGCUCAAGUACUUCUGAUAUUUCAUCAAAAUCAGAUCAAUUCUCUGCUAGACAAAUGUCUAGCAAGAAACAUGAAAUAAAUAUUGAUAAGAAAAUAUAUCCCAAAAGGAAAACAAGUUGCAGAGGUAGAGAAAAUAUGAUUAACUCAGACAAUAAAG